AUGCGGCGAGUUCUUUGUAGUCGCUGUUUUUCGUUGCCGUCUAGUUCUACCAGGUUGGUUUGUCUUUUUUCUUACUCAACUUACCUUUUGGAUAAUUUAUCACAGAUUAUUUUGUACAAUUGCAAAGUUGUCACUGUUGAGACCAAACGAGCUUCCAUAAAACUGAAAAAUGCCUCCUGGAAAGAUUUGAAAGCAAUAUUUGCCUUAGCUGGGCCAUAUAAAUGGAGAAUCAUGUUGGGCCUCUCGUUUCUUGGCGUUAGCAGCUCGGUUUUUUUGCUGACCCCUCGAAUACUUGGAAAGCUAAUCGAUGAGUUUGAUGAAACGAGGAAGUCCAAACCAGAGGAUGAGGAUCAAACGCUUCGAUUAGCAAGGUAUUUCAAAGAAAAUCCCAUAGCACUCGGUGGUGUACUGCUUUUGGGGGCUGCUGCUAUUGCUGCCAGAGUUUAUUGCAUGCAUACGGCUGGCCAACUUGUCGUUAAUGAUCUUCGCAAGAAAGUAUUUAACGCAGUUUUGCGGCAAGACAUCGCAUUUUUUGACAGAAAUAAGAUUUAUACAUCUCCAGCGUUGUGUCAAGUAAUGUUUAUUGUUAUCCCAAUCAUAGUAGGAACUUUCGCCGUUUUCGGAAAACUUCAGCGGAAGUACACGCUGCAAAUGCAAGAGGCAGUUGCUGGUGCUAAUCAGGUGGCUACUGAGCGCCUGUCGAGUGUUCGAACCGUUCGAAUGCUCGUAGCUGAGCGUAAAGAAAUGGCUGCUUAUGGU